AUGUCUUCAUCAAACGUCAACCUGACAAUUUCCAAACGAGCCAACGCUUGCGUUUCGCAGUUGCAACACUUGCUGAAUCAUUCAACCUCAUGGGUUAAUACAGCAGAAGCUCAGUUUCUUGAUGAUGAACGCGGUAGAUUGAGGGUAUGGGCCUCAAACAUCGGUGCUCUCCAGCCAGAGCGAUCCAUGGCCUCAUUGGAUGCCAGACUCAAGGAUGCUCCAAGACAAAGGGAAAGCGUCAUUCGUGGAUUGCAAAGAUUAGAAGGUGUUCUUUACCGACUCCUGGGCAUUGAACUAGGCAGCCACCAAAACCGAACUUCCCAAAUCGCGCAAUCGACCUCGAUUGAACCCACAAAUGAGGUUGAGCAGCUGAUGAAGAAUUUGCACUGCUCAAUAGAUCACCUUUUUAGUCUUUCAACACUGAUACGCAGAAUGAGACCAAAGGGGCGGCUCCCUGGCCUCGAUGGCUUCACCCCUUAUGAGACUUCUCCAGACAUCAAGCAUGUCGAGGACAAAUUCCCAAAAGUUAGACAGUCAAUUUGGCUAGCACAGCGCCUGGGUAAUGCUAUCACGAAAAGGCGUCUGAUCAUUCAGUACAGACAAAGCCACCGUCAGAAACUCUCCAAACCAACUCAUGAAGAGGAUACCAUUGACAUCUUAAGCAAAGCCCAGAGCACCGUCGCAACGACUUAUCAGGAGGGAUCAGAGGAGAUCACAGCAGAAAAUGCCGCCAGAUAUUCGAUCUUUACUUCGGCAACAUCCUUUGUUAGUUCAUUCGGUGAAGAUAUUGGCCGCCGGAUUCCUGACUUACCCGAAAUGGUACUGGAUGGAGUUCAACUGGACUAUGAUUUGCAACCCUACGUAUGCACUUUCAGGGACUGCACUGCCGACCUCUUCUCAACACGUGAAGAGUGGUUCAGUCACGAGAUAAAUAUCCAUAGGCAGGACUGGGAAUGCAUUCUCUGCAACAACGCCAACACGGUAUUCUCAAACGCGGACUUAUUACGAAGCCAUUUCAAACUUGCACACUCCAAGGCAGUGGAUAUCAACCAAUUAGACACGAUUCUAGAAGCGUGUAAGCGACCAGCCAAGCGGACGGAGAUCUCUGGAUGCAUCCUUUGCGAUGAAUGGACACCUCCAGCUGUGGAGUCUCAAAACAUGAAGGAAUUCUGUCGGCAUCUGGCGCGGCAUCAGCAGAUGCUUGCUUUAGAAGCCUUACCUAUCGCAGUAGAAGGGCUCGAAGUAAGUGUUUCUGAUCUAGAACACAAUGAGAACGAGGACCCCGAGGAUGCCGUACCUAGAAUACUCACUUGCUCGUCAUGUGACACGCUUUGGAGUAUGGCGGGGCAUGGUCGGGUGUGUCCUAUAUGCCAUACAAAUGCAGAGAGCCUGAAAUCAGCGUCGCUGAUACCAAAAGACGCGGUAGAGAUGAUUUCUUCUGAUGACCGCAUCUAUUUUAUCAGAGGGACAGUUGUCUGGCCAGAACUGUACGACGAAAGCAUUGCAGCUGAAAGAAUUGAUCAAUUUCUGUUGCCCAGCAAAGACAGUGAUUUACAACAGACAGUAAAUCAACCAAAUACUCCAGAGGAGUAUAAUGUUCUCUGGCUGGCAGCAUCUAUGUUCGAGUUUAAUAUAGCAACCACUAAGCAUGAGGCUGGCUAUCCAUACUUAGUUUAUCAAGCAGGAGAGGUCUUUGAUGUGCUGGGCGAAACGGUGCUGAGUAAAGGUGGCGAGUUAUGGCUUGCAAAGAAUCAAGAUGACCCAGAUAAUACAAUUGGAUGGAUUUGGUCAAAACACUUUGUAAAACUCUCUACAGCAUAA